AUGAUCGGAGGAUUGUUUGUGUAUAAUCACAAGGGAGAAGUUCUCAUUUCUCGAGUGUAUAGGGAUGACAUUGGAAGAAAUGCUGUCGAUGCUUUUCGAGUGAAUGUGAUACAUGCCAGACAACAAGUAAGAAGUCCAGUUACAAACAUUGCCAGAACUUCUUUCUUUCACAUAAAGAGAGCUAACAUUUGGCUUGCUGCAGUGACCAAACAAAAUGUGAAUGCAGCUUUGGUAUUUGAAUUUCUAUUGAAGAUAAUCGAUUUGAUGCAAUCUUAUUUUGGAAAAAUUUCAGAAGAAAAUAUUAAAAAUAAUUUUGUAUUGAUUUAUGAACUGUUAGAUGAAAUAUUAGAUUUUGGUUAUCCUCAAAACUCGGACACUGGCGUUUUAAAAACAUUCAUUACUCAAACUGGUAUUAAAUCUCAAACAAAAGAAGAACAAGCUCAGAUCACAUCUCAGGUUACUGGUCAAAUCGGAUGGAGAAGAGAGGGAAUAAAAUAUCGCAGAAAUGAAUUAUUUUUGGAUGUUUUGGAAUAUGUCAACUUGCUUAUGAGUCCUCAGGGACAAGUUUUAUCAGCACAUGUCGCAGGUAAAGUUGUCAUGAAGUCUUAUUUGUCUGGAAUGCCGGAAUGCAAAUUUGGUAUAAAUGAUAAAAUAGUCAUGGAAGCAAAGGGGAAAAGCGUCGGAGGAAAUUCGGAAGAAGCAACAAGAUCUGGAAAACCCGUGGUCGUCAUUGACGACUGUCAAUUUCAUCAAUGCGUUAAAUUAUCAAAAUUUGAAACUGAACAUUCCAUCAGCUUUAUUCCACCUGAUGGCGAAUUUGAACUCAUGAGAUAUAGAACAACCAAAGACAUUUCACUUCCGUUUCGUGUGAUUCCAUUGGUGAGAGAAGUCGGAAGAACAAAAAUGGAAGUUAAAGUCGUUUUAAAAUCAAAUUUCAAGCCAUCUCUUUUGGGUCAAAAAAUUGAAGUUAAAAUUCCGACUCCGUUAAACACAUCCGGAGUUCAAUUGAUUUGUUUGAAAGGGAAAGCCAAAUAUAAAGCUUCGGAAAAUGCCAUCGUUUGGAAAAUCAAAAGGAUUGCUGGAAUGAAAGAAACUCAAUUAUCAGCCGAAAUAGAACUUUUGGAAACGGACACUAAGAAAAAAUGGACGAGACCACCGAUAUCGAUGAAUUUCGAGGUGCCAUUUGCACCCUCCGGUUUCAAAGUUCGAUACCUAAAAGUUUUCGAACCCAAAUUGAAUUAUUCCGAUCACGACGUCAUCAAAUGGGUUCGAUAUAUCGGACGAUCCGGUUUAUACGAAACACGUUGUUAA